AUGCGUAUCAUUUCGCUCGCCACAUGCCUGACCACAGCUAUCCUUCUGCCCGCUGUUUCCACCGAGCUAUUGACCCCAAAGCAUGAGGCAGGACGGUGUGCCAUCCGAGGUCAUUGCGGUAAAACUGGCUUCUUCGGUCGCGAACUCCCCUGCCUGGAUAACGGGGAAGCAAAAGAGGCAGAUUCAGCGCUGAAGGAAAAGCUGGUUGAUCUCUGCGGCAAAAAGUGGGAGCAUACGCCGGUCUGCUGUGAAGAGGAACAGGUCGAUGCGUUGAAGAAGAACUUGGAAUUAGCUCAGGGAAUAAUAGCAUCUUGUCCAGCCUGCAAGGAGAAUUUCUUUAACCUAUUUUGCACAUUUACUUGCUCCCCGGACCAGUCGCUAUUCGUCAACGUUACGCGAACGGCUCAGUCAACGAGUAGGAAAACAGUGGUCAAGGAACUCGAUAACAUAUGGGAUGAGGAAUACCAGAGCGGUUUUUACGAGAGCUGCAAGAAUGUCAAGAACGGAGCUUCGGGCGGCAAGGCGAUCGACUUCAUCGGCGGUGGCGCAAAGAACUAUACACAGUUCCUCAAAUUUCUGGGUGAUGAAAAGUUAUUUGGAAGUCCAUUCCAGAUAGAUUUCUUGACUGAACCCAGACAUAACUCAAAUAUGAAGCCGGCACCUGCAACUGCUCGAGCAUGCAACGACACUGAUAAAGCCUACAGAUGUACCUGUAUCGACUGUCCUCAAACUUGCGCCGAGCUGGAAGAGGUACAUGAUCAUGAAUACUGCAAAGUCGGCAAACUGCCUUGUCUCUCUUUUGCUGUCAUCAUUAUCUACAGCGUCAGCUUACUGCUGCUCGUCACAGCAGUCUCUGGUCAUGUUGCUUACCGAAAGCAUAAGCAGAGGAAGACUGAGAGAUUACAACUUCUCCAAGAUGCUGCCCCAAGCGACGACGAAGACGAAGGUGAUAUGGUCCAAAAUGCAGGCAUGCUUGAUCGGCCUCAGAGGAAUUAUUAUCUGAACCAAAUCUUCGAUCACGCUUUCAGCCGAAUUGGCGGCUUCUGCGCUCGAUAUCCCGCUGUUACCAUUGGAACCAACAUCCUGAUAGUAGCGCUGCUCAGCUUGGGCUGUCUCAGGUUUGAGGUCGAGCGAGAUCCUGUUCGUCUGUGGGUCAGCCCGACCUCGGCUGCAGCAGAAGAGAAGGCGUUCUUUGAUCAAAAUUUUGGCCCCUUCAUGCGCGCUGAACAGGCCUUCCUUGUCAAUGAUACCACAAGUGCGGGUCCCAGUCCUGUGCUAAGCUUCGACACGCUUCAGUGGUGGUUUGAUAUUGAAAGGCAGAUUUCGCGAAUGAAGUCAGCCAAAUACAACCUGACGCUAGAUGACGUUUGUUUUAGGCCGACAGGCAACGCUUGCGUUGUCCAGUCUGUCAAAGCAUACUUUAAUGACGGCCGAGAUCUUGAUGAGAAGACCUGGCAGGAAAGGCUCGAGCAAUGUGCAGACACCCCUGGUGAUCGACUUUGCUUGCCUGGCUUCAAGGCUCCUGUGCGUCCUGACUUGGUACUCGGAGGCUUCAGUGGUAUCGAGAACAUCACCAAAGCUGAGGCUAUAGUCGUAACCUGGGUGGUCAACAAUCAUCAGCAAGGCAGCAAGGCAGAACUUGAAGCCCAAGACUGGGAAAUAAGUUUCAAGAACCACAUGCUUGUAUUCCAGCAGGAAGCCGAAGAACGAGGCCUGAGGCUCUCAUUCAAUACUGAAAUAAGUCUAGAAGAAGAACUCAACAAGAAUACGAAUACUGAUGUGAAGAUUGUGGUCAUUAGCUAUGUGGUCAUGUUCAUUUAUGCAUCGUUAGCUCUUGGAACUGGCACAAUCACCUUCAAGUCACUCCUGAACAAACCCUCGGCAGCCCUUGUGCAGUCCAAGUCCUCUCUUGGCGUCGUUGGCAUACUGAUUGUGCUGAUGUCGGUUCUGGCAUCGGUUGGAUUUUUUUCGGCUAUUGGCAUCAAAGUGACUUUGAUCAUCGCUGAAGUCAUCCCAUUCCUGGUAUUAGCGGUUGGCGUCGACAAUAUCUUCUUGAUUGUCCACGAAUUUGAACGGGUAAACGUUAGCCAUCCAGAUGAAGAGAUAGACGAGCGAAUUGCCAAAGCACUUGGACGAAUGGGGCCAAGUAUUCUCCUUUCUGCCUCAACUGAAACUGUGGCGUUCGCGAUGGGUGCAUUUGUGGGCAUGCCGGCGGUCAAAAACUUCGCUGCAUAUGCUGCAGGUGCUGUAUUCGUGAAUGCCGUGUUGCAAGUUACAAUGUUUGUUUCAGUUCUUGCUCUGAGCCAAAGGAGGGUUGAGAGCCUCCGUGCAGAUUGCUUCCCUUGCAUUACUGUGCCAAAAGCUAACUCUGGAGUUUACGGAGGUCAGUAUUCUGGCAGCCAGGAAGAAGGCCCACUGCAACGAUUCGUUAGAAAGACGUAUGCUCCCACACUUCUAAACAAGAAGGUGAAGACGAUCGUUGUCGCUGUCUUUGGUACGCUAUUCGCAGCUGGGAUCGCGUUGAUCCCUGAAGUUGAGCUUGGCCUCGAUCAGCGCUACGCCGUCCCUAGCAAUUCUUAUCUCGUCCCAUUCUUCAAUGAUCUUUAUAACUAUUUUGGCACUGGUCCACCUGUCUACUUUGUCACCAGAGGUCUCAAUGCUACCGCUCGUACACAUCAGCGACAGCUCUGCGGCGCUUUCUCAACCUGUGACGAGUAUUCGCUUGAAUACAUUCUGGCCCAAGAAUCAAAGCGUCCUGAAGUAUCAUACAUUGGCGAGACUACAGCUAGUUGGAUCGAUGACUUCUUCAAUUGGCUUAACCCGAACUUGUCCGACUGCUGCAAAGAAGAUGGCAAAGCCUGCUUUGAGGACCGAUCUCCACCAUGGAAUAUCACGCUGUCCGGAAUGCCAGAGGGUGAAGAAUUCAUUCACUAUGUUUCUAAAUGGAUCGACUCACCCACAACCGAGGAUUGUCCUAAUGGUGGUCAGGCAGCUUACUCCAAUGCCGUAGUUAUCGACAAGAAUCACACCACAAUCCCAGCCUCUCAUUUCCGCACGUCCCAUACGCCACUCCGCAACCAACACGACUUCAUCGCCUCUUAUGCCGCAGCCCGCCGAAUAUCAGAAUCGAUCUCCGAAAGACACAACAUCGACGUCUUCCCUUACAGCAAAUUCUACAUCUUCUUCGACCAAUACGCCAGUAUCGUACGAUUGACUACCACGUUACUGGUUAGCGCAGUUGUAAUUAUCUUCCUUCUAUCAUCGCUGCUUCUCGGCUCGCUCUUUACAGGCUUAGUAGUCUGCCUUACGGUCAUUAUGAUUGUGAUUGACAUCAUUGGCGUUAUGGCCAUUUUCCACGUUUCGCUCAAUGCCAUAUCUCUCGUCAACCUUGUCAUAUGUGUGGGCAUUGGCGUUGAAUUCUGCGCGCACAUUGCCCGUGCAUUCAUGUUCCCCUCCAAGCCCGUCAUGGAGAAAGCGCGGAACAAAUUCCGGGGCAGAGACGCAAGAGCCUGGACAGCAUUGGUCAAUGUGGGCGGCAGCGUCUUCAGCGGAAUCACCAUCACGAAGCUCCUUGGAGUGUGUGUGCUUGCAUUUACCCGAAGCAAGAUCUUCGAAAUCUACUACUUCAGGAUCUGGUUGGCGCUGGUGAUCUUCGCUGCUAGUCAUGCUCUGGUGUUUUUGCCUGUGGCUUUGAGUUUUGCUGGUGGAGAUGGCUACGUUGAUCCAGAGUCUGAAGGCGGUCUUGAGGAAGACCUCGCAACCAGGAGGUACCGUGCACUCCUGCCAGACGAUGACUAUGAUUCCGACGAGGACUAG